GACGAAUGGGAUUUACCUACAUUUCCACUUCAGUUGUCAUCGUUCAGUUGAAGAUAACCUUUUGACAAAAUGCGUCGUAAGUAAAGCAUCUCUGACAGUUCUUUUAAUAUGGAGUGUUUCCGUUGUUUCUGCGAAGAAGAAUCAGAUAUCCAUAUGGCUGCAAUUCGUAAAAAGUUGGUUAUUGUUGGUGAUGGAGCUUGUGGUAAAACCUGUCUUCUGAUUGUCUUCAGCAAAGACCAAUUUCCAGAAGUCUAUGUUCCUACUGUGUUUGAAAAUUAUGUAGCUGAUAUUGAAGUAGACGGAAAGCAGGUGGAAUUAGCUCUUUGGGAUACUGCUGGUCAAGAAGAUUAUGAUCGAUUACGUCCUUUAUCUUAUCCCGAUACAGAUGUUAUAUUGAUGUGCUUCAGUAUUGAUAGCCCUGACAGUUUGGAAAAUAUUCCUGAAAAAUGGACUCCAGAAGUUAGGCAUUUCUGUCCAAAUGUUCCAAUUAUUUUAGUUGGCAAUAAAAAAGACUUGAGGAAUGAUCCACAAACUAUCAAGGAACUAGGUAAAAUGAAACAAAAACCUGUAACUCCUGAAGAAGGUAGAACAAUGGCUGAAAAGAUAAAUGCUUAUGGUUAUUUGGAAUGUUCGGCUAAAACUAAGGAAGGUGUAAGAGAAGUAUUUGAAACAGCAACUAGGGCAGCUCUACAGGUAAAGAGAAAGAAAAAGACAAAAUGUGUUCUUUUCUGAAGUACUUCCAGUAAUACAAGCAUGUCCAAUUGUGGUAGGAACAUCAAAUUCUGAGAAAUGUUCCACAUCACUUUCAAUUGUCUUCUGCUGUUAGUUGCUCGUUCAAAUUUCAUCAAAAUAAAUAAAUACGAGCGGAAUGUUGGAGAUUGGCUAAAGACAUACAUUGGCUUUGUUUCCUUUUUAUCAAUUGUAACUUUCUGACAAUUAAAAUAAUCAUCAAACAGACUAUUUGUUUCCCCAUUUUAAUAAAUGAUAGUUGACUUUAUCAUACUAUUUCAGAUGGCAUUUUGCCUAUAUAGUUAAAUUUUGCUAAUCAUUUAAAGUUCAUCGGCUUUAUAUUAAACAUUACUAUAUACUGUAUUUGCAUACAAAAAUAUCUGCGGGGACAUUACUCAAUUGCCAUACUGAGGCAACGGAUUGCUGCCAUGAUUAAGAUGUUUAUUUCUUUGAUUCCUACUACAGUCUGAUGUUUGAAACAGCAGCAUUUUGAUAAUCAUUCCUUACUUGUGCCUGUAAAUUGCCUUCCUCUUUGUAUCUUGUAGAAGGUGUCAGACAAAUAAUCCCAUCACAGAGGCUUUAAACAUUUUCUACUUUCUCUACCUUGUAGAAUUGAAAUUUGUGUAACCCAAAUUUUCAUGUUUUAACAAAUACCCAAAAUUAUAUAACAGUAGUGAUUCUGCUAAUAAAUUGAUAAAAAGUUGUUUGUAUUGUUACCUUUCGGCUGUUCACUUCUGUAAGCUGCUGUAGGACAUGUAUUCUGCAGUCGUUAGUUGAUUUUUGUGCUAAAAAUCAUCUUUGUAAUCACUUUUAUUUUAAAUGCACAUCAUGUAGUCAGGAUACAAUGUAUUAAUUUUCAUUUAAACAACUAUGACAGUUAAGAUUAUAUAUUCUUUUUUAAAUAAAUGAUAAAUGUUUGUAUUGUAA